AUGGAUUCCCUUGAAGCAUACCAGGUUUAUUUGGUAAACUGCACUCAAUCCCUGUUACUGGACCAUGGCUACUGGAUAUCAGAAGGUGACAAAGACCUAAAUGACAUUGUGAUGGUCAAACUGAACAGCUUACUUGUAAAGAGUCUCGAUCAGAUUAGAUCUUGCAAAACACUGCGGAUUUGCAUCUUGUCUGACAACUUUUUAACCAGAAUUGAAGCUCUCAUGGAAUGCACUAACUUGGUGAAGAUAGAUUUGAAAGGCAAUCAGAUUGUUCAGCUCCCUGAUGCUUCAUGUUGGAGUCAUCUAAAAGAACUGCAACUUCUGUAUCUACAUGACAACAACAUGUCAACCUGGGACAAUAUUAAAGGCCUGUCGGGUUGUUUAAACUUGACUGCUUUAACUCUGUAUGACACCCCAGUAAGUUUAAAGAGGAACUACAGGCACUGUCUGGUCAACAACAUAUGGUCUCUGAAGGCUUUGGACAACUUUGUUAUCUCUGAUGAGGAAAUCAUUGAAAAUGUGUGCCUUCCCUUUCGGUUCAAAUCAAAGAAACAACACUUUUGUGUCCGUUUGUACCCACCUACAAAGUCGUAUUCAUUUGAGACAGAGAUGAAAGUGAUGUAUAAAAUAAUCACUGAGAUAAACAGGAUUCAAGCCUUUUAUUCGCCCACACUUAUUAUACAGCGCUGGAUCCGAGGCUAUUUAAUUAGAAAAAGUCUUGGGCUUUGUGGUAUGAAGAAACUGAGAGCAUCUGGAAAACCGUUUAUUUCCAAUCCAACUGCGAAGGCAGAAAAUGAGCAGGUACCAUCUCAGCUUCAGGAAACCAUGGAGGAGGACACAAAUGACCCCCCUGAGCCAGGAAAGCAGAAGAGAGACACAGAGAUCAAAAGGCUUUAUGUGAACCUUAAUAAACUGAUGCAAACGACCUACCCAGAGGUUUUACAAGAAAAUGCUAAAUUACUUGAUGGUGAACAAGACAUGAAGGCAUUAUGCAACACUCCUCAAUGCAGGCUGAAAUUUUCAGUGAAAACAAACAGACCCAACCAAGAUAUCAAUGAUGCUUGUAUUGAAGAAAAUGGAGAAGGUAACAUUCAUGUGCUAGGACUGAAGGCUUCAGUCCACCAGAGUGAGCCACUGAGUGAUUUGUUGUUGUCCCGUAAAGCCCUCAACCAAAAGCCUGAUCCACAGCCUCACUCACCUGCUAAAACUUCAAGAACGCAUCUGAUGAUUAGUCGUCGCCAGGACACCGUCAGCCUCACUCCCUUCAAAAUCAUUGAAAAAGCCGAUCAGGCUUUUGAUAAGACCAAAAUGCAAAGAGAACUUGCGGAGAAGGUAACCGAGCGUCACGUUGACCGAGAAGUAGCCAAAGGCCGCAGAGUCAACUUUAUUGAGGACCGGAGGACAGACAUGCGUCUUCGUCAGGAGCGCGAAAGAGAAGAUACGGAGAAAACACUCACUCUGCAGAGAGCCAAGCUGGAGCAGGACAUCCAUCAGGCACGGCAGAAACAUUCCCAGUUCAUGGAAGAUAAGAAGAGGAGGAUCCAGGAGCAGGAGAUGGUUUGCAGUUUCAGCCGUGAGCACAUCUCAAUAGCGAGGGCUGUGCUCAGAUAUAACACAUGUAAAUGCACUAAGCAACAAUAGAUGCAUUCAUUCUUUUUGAUUGAACUCUCUGUUUAAGUUGGAAAAUUACUUUGAAGUGUUGGUUAGUUAGCAGAUUUACUAUACUAUAAU